UAGAGUUUCUCACUCCCGAUAAUUACAAAAGGUAGCGGUGUUUAGCCAAGAAACUUGCACCUUUUUGUUUACGAAUAAUAGGGAUCAUAAAUCAGAGUAUAUUUCUUCUUGCAACAAUUCUGCAAAAAGUUUUUUUUUUUUUUUUUUUAUUUGGGAGAAUAACAAUGGCAGAAAAUAAAGAAUCAUUACUAUCGAAGCAGAAUGAUUUGUACUAUGAGAAUUGUCCUGGUUGCAAAGUUGAGAAACGCAAAGCAGAAAACCCAAAUCUUCCUUGGCUUCAUUUUUUCUUCAUAUGGAUUAUUACUCUCUCUUCUUCUUUGCCAAUAUCGUCCAUCUUUCCCUUCCUAUAUUAUAUGGUGAGGGGAUUUGGUAUUGCCAAAAGAGAAGAAGAUGUUAGUUUCUAUGCUGGCUUCGAGGGAUCUGCAUUCAUGGUUGGGAGAACCUUGACGGCUAUUAUAUGGGGAAUGGUGGCUGAUCGUUAUGGCCGGAAACCUGUCAUGAUUUUAAGCACACUAUCAGUAGUGAUAUUUAACACAAUGUUUGGCCUGAGCACGAAUUAUUGGAUGGCACUGGUUUCAAGAUUCCUACUUGGAGCUUUCUGCGGCACACUUGGUCCAAUGAGGGCAUAUGCCACUGAAGUUAGCCGUCGGGAGCAUCAAGCUUUGGGGGUGGCAAUGAUGACUUCUUCAUGGGGUAUUGGCUUAGUCAUAGGCCCUGCGCUUGGUGGUUAUCUUGCACAGCCUGCAGACAAAUUCCCUAGUGUAUUUUCUCAGGAUUCAAUUUUCGGAAGGUUCCCAUACUUCUUAGUUUCUUUAGUAUUAUCGAUAUUUUCUUUUGGUGUAUUCAUCCUCUGCUUUUGGCUCCCGGAAACAUUACAUAGGCACGAUGUUCAUGGAAAAACCCAGGUGCAGCCUCAUGAUAUAGAGGGCGCUGAUAAAGAAAAAUUACUAAAUGGUGACGGAGACAAUUCACAUACCUGGUUCAGCCUUCUUCGAAAUUGGCCGUUAAUGUCAACUAUCAUAGUAUAUUGUGUCUUUCAGCUGCAUGAUAUGGCUUAUAUUGAGAUAUUCUCAUUAUGGACUGUAAGUCCGAGGACUGUUGGAGGAUUAAGUUUAGCGACUGAAGAUGUUGGUCAAGCUCUUGCUGUGGCAGGAAUUGGUCUGUUGUUUUGUCAACUACUACUAUAUCCUGUCUUGGAGAGAAAACUUGGGCCGAUUACAGUUUCAAGAGUAGGAGCGGUUCUUAGUAUUUCAUUGCUGGCAAGUUACCCCUUUUUUGUUAAUUUGAAAGGCACUACUCUCUCAAUUGUCGUUGAUCUUGCUUCCGCAGCGAAAAAUGUGCUUUCGGUUUCGAUCACUACCGGAUUGUUUCUCUUGCAAAAUAGGGCUGUGAACCAACAUCAAAGAGGUGCCGCAAACGGACUUUCUCUGGGUAUUAUGUCUUUCUGCAAAGCAAUCGGUCCUGCUUUAGCCGGAACCCUUCUCUCUUGGGCACAAACGCGUCAAACAGCUACUUUUCUACCAGGAACCCAUAUGGUUUUCUUCCUACUAAAUGUAGUAGAAUUCGUCGGUUUUCUAAUGACUUUCAAGCCUUUCCUUACGCAACCUGCUCAUGAGUUUUGUUAAGUUGUUCCAGAAAGAAUUUAUUGCGCUUCCACGAACAGCUGCAAUGAAAGCUACAGAUAACUAUAAGCUUAGUGCUUCUAGAAUGCAGAGACUUGUUGAAGGUCACCCCAAAAUGACACCAACAAACACAGUCUGCCAAAAAAAAUUGGGAAAAAAGUAUGAUUCUAGGCUUGAGUGUUAUUUUCAUCAUGGCAUAUACUUCCUCUGUUCGGAAUUAGUUGUCAUGCAAUCUAUUGAUAUAAAUUUGAAUUUUGAGUUAUUAGUAGAGUUGCUAAGAGUAACAUUCAACUGUAAAAUUGUACGAUUCGGUUCAUGAUUUUCGAAUCUAUAUGUUGGUAGAUUAUAAUACCUACCUGCUUUCGAGUUAAUUAGAAAAUAAGUCUCUUUGUUAGGGUUAGAACGUUAGAUUGUAUACGGUCGACCUUGCCCCCCCUUUCUCAUAAAGACAUAAUUUAUUGAUGUAAUGUAAUGUUGUUAUAAUGAGUUAUAAUAAAGCUUAUGAUUUUUAAAUGUCUA